AUGGUAGAAGAAAUCAUGGAAUUAGAAAAAUCUCCACGUAGAAACAGUAGUAACCGUAAUUCCGCGAUGAAGGUAAUCACUUUGGUGACUCUGACCCUUCAAAAUGCGUUGGUCGCCCUGAGCAUGCGAUAUGCGAGGACGCGACCCGGAGACAUGUUCACGGCGUCCACCGCCGUGGUCAUGGCCGAAGUAGUGAAACUAGCCGUUUGUCUUGUGCUGGUCUACCGUACAGAAUCCAUAUCGUGGAAACAUUUUGUAUCGUUACUGAACAACACGAUCGUCAAACAACCGGUCGACACGCUCACGGUUUGUAUACCAUCGUUAGUGUAUCUGAUACAAAACAAUUUACUGUACGUGUCCACUUCGAACUUGGACGCCGCCACUUACCAAGUCACUUAUCAGCUAAAAAUAUUCACGACGGCAGUGUUUUCGGUGCUCAUACUGAAACGUAAACUGUUGAGACACCAGUGGAUCGCGUUGGUUGUGUUGAUUUUGGGCGUCAUUCUUGUUCAGCUCAACAAUUCCACCGACAAAACCCAGAAAGACCACCCCAACCAAAACCGAAUUAUCGGAUUGGGUUCUGCGCUAGUCGCGUGUUGCUUGUCCGGAUUCGCCGGGGUUUUCUUUGAAAAGAUUCUGAAAGGAGCCGAAAUAUCGGUUUGGAUGAGAAACAUUCAAUUGAGUUUCGUGUCCAUUCCACUGGGUUUCGCAAUGGCUUUCAUAACUGACUGGAGUAAAAUCGUCAACCAUGGGUUUUUCUUCGGUUAUGACGCGUAUAUAGUUUACCUGGUAUGUUUACAAGCCGCAGGCGGACUUAUUGUGGCCAUGGUCGUCAAAUACGCAGACAAUAUAUUAAAAGGAUUCGCAACGUCGUUAGCGAUUGUCGUGGCGUGCGUUUUCUCCAUGUACUUUUUCGAUUUUAAGAUCAGUGUUCAAUUUGUUGUCGGCGCGGUACUUGUAAUGUUGUCGAUAUUUCUGUACAGUUAUACCAAAGAGAAAAAAACGCCAAACCUGAAUACAAUACAAAAAGCAUAA